CAGAAGUUUUGAAAACAGUUUUCGCCGUUCUCCUUUGUUAUUGGACUUUGUCUUUGCUCUUUUGUUAGAAUUCGUUUGGUAUUGUCUUAGGGCUCGUUCGUCUAUUGUUUCAGAUUAUGAAAAUAUGGACCGAAAAUGGAUGUUUGCUAGUCGAUUAUCAAAAGAAUAUGAGGAUGGGGUGAAAGAGUUCUGUAGAUUUGCAGUUGAGCAUGCAGAAAACCCUAGUAGAAUAAUUUGUCCUUGCUUGAAGUGUUGUUAUUCAAGGGUAAUGAGUGUAGAUGAGUUAGAAGAGCAUUUAAUAUGCAAUGGAAUUGAUAAAAGUUAUUCAUGUUGGACUAGACAUGGUGAAAAUAGAAAGAAUCAUAUAGAUAAGGAUUUUCAUGAUAAUACAAGUUAUACACCGAAAGAGACUAAAACAACAUAUAAGUUAGAUGAAGUUGAGGAGAUUGCAAAUGUUAUCAAAGAGGAUAUGCGAGAUUGUCCUCAAACAUUUGAUAGGUUGACAACGGAUGCAAAGACACCAUUGUAUAAUUGUGUUAGGGGAAUGAGAUUUGGAGUCGGUCACAAAAAUUAUUUUCCGUCCAAAAAGCGCCAUACACACCAUGAGCUUGAUAAUUUGAUUGCUCAAAUGAAAGACUUGAAUGAAAGAAUGACACGGAUGGAAAAUGAGAUUAUUUUACUUCGAAAAAUUGGCACAUCAAAUGCUAUUGAAGAAGCUGAUAUUGGUGUCAAUAGUAGCCAAGAGAGUUGCACAUUUGUUGCAUGGCCAAUCAAUCGCAUACAAGUUGUUGAUGAGGAUUCCACUCAAUCCAAAAAGAAAAGGAUGAAUAAUACAAAUGAAUGUGUGGCAUCUAAAAAGAAAUGUCAAGGGAAAAUGAUCAUUCAACACACUCCUUGUAAACAAUUUCAUCCUAAUUUUCCUGAAUGGUGCAACUUCCUUUCUUCAUACUUGAAACUAAAGCCAUUAGAGUCAUUUUUUCCAAUGCAAAUGGAGAAAAACCUAUUUGGACUAGAUGAUCAUAAAGAAAUCGUUAAUAGAAAAAAUAUUGAAGAAGUUAUUAACUAUGCACGGCUAAGUGCAACUACAAUUUCUAUAUAUAUCAGGUACCUAUAUCAAAAUUUUGUUAAGCUAAAUGAUAAGGCGUUCUUUUUUUUAUCACCCCAAAUCACAAUACAUGAACUAUCAAUGAAAGAUGGAAUGCAAAAAAUAGUUACUCUCUUUCUUGAUAAUGGGGUAAUUGAUAAGUUUGUUCUUGCACCUAUUAAUAUUAGCCAACAUUGGGUUUUGCUCGGAAUCAAUAUUAAAUUGGAGAUAAUUCACUAUCUUGACCCUAUGGCGGUAGACAUUAAUAUGAGACAAGAAUUGAAGAAAUUGUUUGACAUGGUUAUACAAACCUAUCGAGCUCAAAUAGGAUACAUGGUUUCAAAGUCUAAGUCAAACAAUAUCAAGUGGACAUCAAUUAAGUGUCCAAAACAAUCCAACGAUAAUGAUUGUGGGUAUUACGUGUGUCGAUAUAUGAAGGAAAUUAUCACAUACUGUGAAGGAGGAAAGAUUCCAACUAAUUAUUUUUCUAGUUGCAGAAGUCAACAAUAUUGUGACAAUCAGAUCAUUGAGGUUAUGGAAGAUUGGUGUUUGCAUGUAAUUAGUACAUGCUUAUAAGUUGUGUUAUGUGAUGUACAUCAUAGGUACUGGUAGGAUAUAUAUGUUAUAAUUGUAUAUAUUAUCUUAUAAAGCAAUGUCAUCUCAUGACACGUAUUGACUUAACAUAUAUAUUUUGAAAUAUUUUUGGACCAAUA